CACGUGAACUUGGUUCCCAUGAAUGUGUAUUGAUUUGAUAAGCUAUGCAAAGUCCUGUCCCUCUGGAGACAAACUCAUCGAGAAUAGACUUUGCCCUACGCAACUCAUAACAGGAAGCAGAGGGGUACCAGACUGAAAGGUUUGUUCAGAGAAACAAUAUGAACCGAGAGCAGCCUCCCCCUCCGUAUAACCCCUAUUACCCUCCGCAUUAUCCUAAUGCAACACAGGGUAACAUUGGGCAGCCCACAGCUGGCAUGAUGCCCCCUGCUGGGCAGCCCUCUGCUAUCAUGAUGCCCCCCAUUGUUGAACAUGUCAAUAUGGGGCUUCCAGACAGUGCUCCGCCAGAAUACUCUCUGGGAUUUGAAGACGAGAACUGCUUUUCAGAUGCUUCCAUAAGAAGAGGUUUCAUAAGAAAAGUGUAUCUAACACUUAUGGUUCAACUUUUAUUAACCAUUGGAAUCAUCUGUGUUUUUCUUUACUGGGAGACACUCAAGGUAUGGGUGAGAGGCACAAAUUGGUUUACCUACACUAUGAUGUGUGCAACGUUUGUUCUAGUCAUUGUGCUCACCUGUUGUGGUGACAUACGUCGCAAAGUUCCCUUAAACUUCAUCUUCCUAUUACUAUUUACAAUCACAGAAGGCUUUCUCCUUGGAUCAGUGGUAGUGUACUAUUCAGCAGACGCAGUGCUGUGGGCAGUGGGUGCAACUGCUCUGGUGUCUCUUGCAAUGAGUUUGUUUUCACUGCAGUCAAAAUGGGACUUCACAGCUCUGUCAGGGAGCAUAUGGGUAUUAUGCUGGACGCUGUUUUCAUUUGCAUUACUCUGUGCAAUUCUGAGAUCACAGUAUUUGUACAUCCUUUAUGCAUCACUGGGAACGUUGAUCUUCUCUGUGUACCUGGUGAUGGACACGCAGCUCAUACUGGGUGGAAAGCACAAAUACAGCAUCAAUCCAGAAGAGUACAUCUUUGCUGCUCUGAACUUGUACCUUGAUAUCAUCACAAUUUUCUUAUUAUUGCUUCAAUUAAUUGGAUUUUGUCGUUGAUGUGGUUUAUGAACAUCAUGAUUGCUGCUCCACUCAACACAUCUCUCAUGUAGACUGUUAGGGUUUUGGGACACAUUUUUACUCCAUUUUUUUAAACAGCUUCAUUAUGUCUAUAACAUAUUGGAAGUUAAACUGAAUUUUGGUUAAUGGUACAAAAGCCUAUAGGUAAAUCAGAUGGUGAUGAAACAAUUUUCACUCAGAAUUUCACAGAUUAUUACAAAGAAACUGCAAAUAACAAAUUGAAUUAAACAUGAAUUUUAAAGUAGUAUUUUUUUGUAAAACAUACUCCAAUUUUUUUUUUCAGUGCAGUUUUAUAGUGAAAUAGCUAUUACAUUAAAAUUACUAUUAAAUAGAUAUAUAGAUAAGUAAAGAAAAGACAAUGUCAUAUAUAAGGGAUAUAAAUAUGCAAUACAUUUUUGAGACCACCAUUUUUACCACCAUUAUUUAAUUUAAAACAUAACUCCAUUGUGUCUGUAAGACAUUGUAAUAAAUGUUCACUGUCAUGUCACUGUACUUUAAGUUAAAUAUAUUAAAGUAUCUACUGUAACCCA